AUGUGCUGGAGAGCAGGUUUACAUCAAAUUUUACUCAAAGGUUUUUUUUACACCAAUCCAUCAACUUACAAAAAAUUACAUCAAUCAACUUAUAGUACGAUCAUGGCUUUCAAGAUAGGUGUUUCCUUUUCCAUGAAAUGGAAGAAAAAAUUGGAAGGGACUAAUAUAGUACAAGAUUGUGACUCUGAUCUGGUCCCAGAUGAUAUGAAGCAAACUCUUUCCCAACUCGACAUCAUUGUUUGCCUACCUUACUGCUUCAGAAACAAAGAAUUUAAGAAUUCUUUAAAAAACAUUACCUGGGUUCACAGCUUUUCAACUGGAGUGGAAAUGAUGAUGGAUACAUUUGUAGGAGAGACUCCAAAGUUUAUAUUGACAAGAAAUGCUGGUUUCUUUGACAACCAGAUGGCUGAAUAUGUAGUUGGUCAGAUCAUUAGCAGGGAGAGACAUUUUGAAUACUACAAGACACAGCAGGCCAAAAAAAAUUGGAAGUUUAAAAGUUUCCGAUUGUUAAGAAACUUAACUGCAGGAAUCAUUGGCUACGGAAGCAUAGGCAAAAGAGUGGCGGAGUGCUUGAGGUCACUGAAUAUGAAUGUGAUAGCUCUGUCCAGGAAUGCACAAAGUAACGGGUCCAAGGAUGCCAAUGCAGUAAGUCUAACGAAUGAUCUAGUAACUGUGCUAGCUUCAUCUGACUACAUCAUAUCAAUCCUACCACAUACAAAUGAAACUAAUGGAUUCUUUGAUGGUCAAGUGCUUCAACAUUGCCAGCAAAAAAAACCCUGCUUUAUAAACAUCGGCAGAGGUAACGCUAUCAGUGAUAAGUCGGUCAUAGAGGCCUUAGAUAAUGACUGGUUGAGUCAUGCGAUCUUGGAUGUCUUUGAGGAGGAACCUCUCCCAUCUGGCAGUCCCUUAUGGGAGCAUAAAGGGAUAACCAUUACACCCCAUGUUUCUUGGCAUGGGAUUGAUCCCGUAGAGUUCGUCAAAAACUUUUUAAAAAAUUACGAACUCUUCUGCAAUGGCCAACCUCUAAAACAUCAGGUUGACUGGGGUAAAGGAUAUUAA